AUGGAACUUCUAGGUUUUGGCAGUCUCAGAAAUCCAGAGAAAGAAAGUCAGGGCAGUAGAGCAGAGGGAGAGAAAAUGGGAGGGUGGGCUAUCGCGGUGCAUGGUGGCGCUGGUGUGGACCCUAAUCUCCCACUCGAGCGCCAAGAAGAAGCCAAACAACUUCUCACGCGCUGUCUUAAUCUCGGAAUCUCUGCUCUUCGUUCCAAUCUUCCCGCCAUUGAUGUUGUCGAACUUGUGGUGAGGGAGUUGGAAACGGACCCGCUGUUCAAUUCUGGCCGUGGAUCUGCCCUGACGGAAAAGGGAACGGUGGAGAUGGAAGCUAGCAUAAUGGAUGGCCCCAAACGGCGAUGCGGCGCCGUUUCGGGUCUCACCACCGUUAAGAACCCCGUGUCUCUGGCUCGUUUAGUUAUGGAGAAAUCACCACACUCAUACAUCGGAUUCUCCGGCGCCGAAGAAUUCGCUAGGCAACAGGGUGUGGAGGUUGUGGACAACGAUUACUUUAUCACACCUGACAAUGUUGGCAUGUUGAAGCUGGCAAAGGAAGCAAACACAAUCCUGUUUGAUUACCGAAUCCCGAGCUCGGGCUACGAGACAUGUGGAUCUGGUGUGGAGAGUCCACUGCAGAUGAAUGGACUCCCCAUAAGCGUGUACGCGCCGGAGACCGUUGGAUGCGUGGUGGUGGACCGGGAGGGGCGGUGCGCGGCGGCGACAUCAACCGGUGGACUGAUGAACAAAAUGACCGGUCGAAUCGGUGACUCGCCGCUGAUAGGCGCUGGGACCUACGCGUGCGAGGUGUGUGGGGUUUCGUGCACGGGUGAGGGCGAGGCCAUCAUACGUGGCACUCUGGCACGUGAGGUGGCAGCGGUGAUGGAAUACAAAGGCUUGAAGCUUCAUCAAGCCGUUGAUUUUGUGAUCAAACACCGUCUUGAUGAAGGAAAAGCUGGCCUCAUUGCAGUUUCCAACACUGGGGAAGUGGCUUGUGGCUUCAAUUGUAAUGGCAUGUUUAGGGGUUGUGCCACCGAAGAUGGCUUCAUGGAGGUUGGAGUUUGGUAA